AUGGCUACUACCGCGACCCUAGGUCCUAGAACUACAACCACUGCGACACAGCCAACCAGAAGCAAGGCUGUUUUCGCACACUACAUGGUCGGUUCAAUGACUGCAGACGAGGCUGUCACCGAUGUCAAUCUUGCUAUGGGUGCUGGCUUUGAUGGCUUCGCCCUGAACACUCACACUAUCAGCCCUUCUGAUACUUGGAACACCAAUGCACUCGAUUACUUAUUUGAUGCAGCCUCUGUAACCAGCUUCAAACUUUUUAUUUCGUUCGACAUGAGCUGGGGUCUUGAAGUUACCCAGCUGGCAUCUUUCUUAGCCCCAUAUGCGACCCACAGCGCAUAUUACAAGGUUGACGGCAAGGCAUUCGUGAGCACAUAUACCGGUGGCACCAUUUCGAAUGAUCAAUGGGACACAGGCUUCAUUCAGCCACUCACAUCAGCUUACAGCAUCACGCCGUAUUUUGUUCCUAACUUUGACGACUUCUCCGGAUAUCCAAAUGGAGUUUUCAGAGCAUACCCAAUUCUGGAUGGGGUCUACAGUUGGGAGUCCGCAUGGCCCUCUCCUGGUAACACCCCAGCCAAUGUCAGCGAUAGUGUGGACUCGGCAGCUUUUCAGGAAGCGCAUUCCGCUGGUAAAACCUACAUGAUGCCCAUGUCCCCUUAUCAGUUCAAAUAUAUUGGUAGCGGGCAGAACUGGUAUCGUGUUGGCGAGGUGAAUCUACCCCAGCGCAUGGCUCAAGCCCUGCAGCUACAGCCUGACUUUUUGGAGGUUAUCACAUGGAAUGACGCUGGCGAGAGCCACAAUGUUGGUACAUUUUGGGAAGAGCAGAUUGCAGGAAGCAACAUUGGGGACUACGCAAACGGAUUUGACCACACGGGCUGGCUACAAAUCAUCACUCCGUUUAUCAAGGCAUACAAAGCCGGUGCAACAAGCCUCUCGCAGAUAGAACCCCCUGGUACCAAGCCAGUCGGUGCGCUUUGGUAUCGCACGCUUUUGACGAGUGCCAGCUGUUCAUCUUCGAUUGCGAACUAUCAGUCUGCACAGGAUGCCGUCAACUUCGCUGUUAUCCUUCCUUCAACAGGAUAUACCAUCAAUGUUUAUAGCAACAUCAAGCUUAUUGGCAGCUUUGCGGGCGUUAAAGGCCUGAACUAUAACAGUGUUUUGGGACUUGCUGUUGGCGGUGGGCAGAUGAUUCAGGUUGUGGAUGCGUCGAAUGAAGUUAUUUCUUCGGCCACUGGCACUAAGAAUGUUCUGGCCCAGAGUCCUAAUUCUACAUGCAACUGGAACUAUGAAGUUGUGGGCCUGUCUUGA